UUAACAGUCCAUGAACCACGGUGCUAGGUCACCCCAACCCAGGCAUUGCCCCAUCUCUAAGUAAAUGACAAUUUGAAAAAAAUUCGAUUUGCUUGAAGAAGCAAAAUCAAAAGUAAAAAGAUUAAUAGAAAAUGAGCUCCUCGGAGUAUCUAAGCGGUUAUCAUAUACCAUUGCUAAUUGGUGGAUCAGCUCCACCUCCAGCACUGUCGCAAGGGGAGCCAGGCAAUCGCAGUGUCGCGUUGCCGCAUCGAUCGAAAGAGGAACCGUUGGAUGCCGCGAAACGGUUCACACCUCCGGGCAAACAUGCAAUGUACGCAGAUGUGGAAGUGGAUGCACCACCACGUGCAAAGAAACAAAAGCCAAGCAACGGCAUUGACUCACUCCCAAUCACUACCACAAUUAAUAAUGGCGACGGGAGCCCUGCAUCGUUGGUAAUGUUUCCAGGACGCGACGAAAGUUAUCCUGAUGAGUUGAACAAACUGAUUAAGCCCCUGUCAUGUAAGCUUUGCCAGACACAGAUGACAUCGAUGAAGAGUGCCCGGGAUCACUACGAAUCCAAAUCGCAUGAUCGUCAUAUUAGCGCUUGGUUGGCCAAAAACUAUACAGAAAUUGGCCUCCAACUGCCGCCCAUUAAACGUCUAAUCAAGCAAGGGCCAAUUGGUCCCAAUGCCUUUCAUUGUGAUCUCUGCGAUUUGGCACUGACAUCGACGCCACAUAUGCGCCAACAUUACGCCGGACGUAAACACAAACUGGUGGAGCAGAGGCGUUCGAAGCCAUCGGGUGCCGGCUAUUACACAAACGAAGGCAAAUGGGUAAGGACUGGCAGCAAAGUAGGAGAGACAUUACACCUCCAGCAGCAACCUCCGACGGACAGACGUUUUGGCAUCGGUGUUAUGUUCAUUGCUGAAGAGCAACAGCAACAACAACAGCCGCAGCAAACGGUACCUCAACUAACAGCAGCAUCAGCAGCACCACCACCACCAGAGGAACAACCAUUGAUGGUUGUUGAUCCAUCUCAUAUACCCGUCUCGCCUGCAGCCUCCGGUGCAUCACUCUAUGAUAGUCUAACCUGCGAUAUCUGUAAAAUUAAUGUAACUUCACCAUCUCAAAUGCAAAUGCAUUGCGAAGGCAGUAAGCAUCAGAAGAAUCUUCGUAAUGCCAGUGGUAAUCCUUCAGCCAUGGAGCAGCAGCAGCAGCCACUCUCAUCACUUCCCGAAUCAUCACUUCUAUCUGCUGCUGUCACAGAGAAUUUUGACGUUGGUGAUCUGUCCAUGUAUAGAACUCCAUCUGGUUCAUAUUAUUGCAAGCUAUGCAAUAAGUAUAUGAAUCAUGUGACCAUUUUGCAGCAGCAUCUCAUUGGCAAGAAGCAUAUUAAAAUGGUUAGACAACAGACGACUGCUGCCCAGACGGAGAGCAGCAAAAUUGCGGAAUAAAUAAGCAAUAGAAACUAUGCAUGUAGAUAUAAAUACGUAUAAAUACAUAUAUAUAAAUACAAUAAUAUUUAUGUCUAAAAUAUACAUACAUAUAUGUAUUCGUUUCUGUUUAAAUCCACACGAUAGAAGAAAACAAAAUUGCAUUGGUUUUUCAUUCACCAUUUCCAUUUUUCCCAAUUGAAUCUGGAAAGUACUUACGGCGGAUACCUCUUGAUGAAUGUAUAUUUUUAGACAUCAUUGCAUAAUCUAGUUCUAAAUUCAGUACCUAUUGUGUUUACGUAAGUUAUUUAACAACUGAUUAAAUUCGUAUUAGCUCCAUUCAAUCUGAUUUAAAAUAACAA